UCCAAGUGAAUACGUUCCUCCAGCCAACCAGCAUAAUUGAUAACGUGACGGAGACGUUGUUAGUGAGAUGCACGCUCGAGGGCAACAGUGACGACACCCUGACAGCUCAAUCACUCACUCUAUCCUUCAAUAAGCCGUCAUCGGUAGGUCCAAAACAGCAUGCAAGCGUGGCACGUAACGGCGCUCCCCAGCUGAGUACUGACAUCUCAAACCGAGCAACAGUUGAAGGGUCAAUCAAUACAGAUUCCGUGACAGCAUCCUUCUUGAACCUGAGGUUCAACAACGUGUCAUGUGCUGAUGUCGGGACAUACACUUGCAAGUUCACUUACCAGAAUGAUACGAUUAUGAUGAUGAUGGAAACACCAGGAAAUGUAUCUGGGACAUCCCGGCCAGGGAGGAUAGAAGUGCGCCAUGAACCGGUGAAGCCCAAGUACAUGGUUGGAGAAGAUGUGACCUUGCACUGUCAGGCCAAGGUCAGCAAGCCUGCAGGAGAAUGGUCUUGGCAGAGAUUGGAGGGCGAAGUCUGGAAGCCGUACACGAAUGGUGUGUCCCAAGAUGCACCCGCCCUUGUGACGGACUGUGCUUACUUCCGCACCACAUCGCUCGUGUAUAGGAUCGCAACUGAAGAGGAGACCAAGUUUCGUUGCAUCAUCAACAACGACAUCAGUUACUCCAUGGAAACAAGCAUCAACGGUGAAGUGAAUGGUGGUCACCCAUUGAUUAUCUCCCCUGUUCUCGUGAUGCUGGCCAUCUUGUCUGCCACCUGGCGGUGAAAAAAGAACUCAAGGGAGAUAACCAUCAUUCUCAUCAUCGCAUACAAGUACAUCAACCCAUUUAUGUUCAACUGUCAGACCUGAGUGAUGAUUGGCACAAUUUAAAAUAACACAACUCACAACAUAAACAUUGUGAAGCUAAUUUGUGUACAUCUUCCCGAGGCAAAAGCAUCCAUUAGCCUUUUUAUCAAAGUCUUGUAUCCACCCUUGCCACAUCAAACCCACUUUCCUGUGCUAAAUAUGAUUGGAGUAUCGCACACAUCGUCCAAUCAGAGAAAGUUUCACAAAAUUAACAACCACGACUGUACACCUUCGUAUGAAAGUGAUUUACCCUGCCUGUCCUUGUUGACAUGUCUUUUUCAUCUUUUAAACAACUCAACGAUUGCCUCUGUUUUUGUGUAGGGAUGAAAUUACGAAUGUUUUUGUUAUCUGUUCAACGAGGUCGUCGCCUAAGGUAGUCGCCAUUUUUGUGAGAGUAUACGAGAAAAGAACAGCUGAUCUGUGCGAGGAGUUGGCGCCAGGGUCGCGGCAAGAAUAGUGGCCUUGAUGUGGCAUCGUGGAAACUAGGCUGUGAUGUAGGCUAGUGGAAGUGGACAUGCUUGUGUAAUGUAGUGUGAAUGAAAGUACAUUUCAGAGAAGGUACCAGUCUACUAAUCUCAUUAAAAUCAGAUCUUGGUUCUCGCUACCGCUAAACAAAGAUCUGAGGACAUCCCAUUACGGGUCACGUCAGACCGACCUUGCGCGAACUUUGACCGAUCAAUGGAAUGACCAAUCAGAAGGCAGCUUUCUCGUGCUUUACGGCACUAAUUCCAAAUUGGUGACUGCGCUUCGAAACGUAUUUUGACAAAUUCUCGAUCACAAAUUUGAAACCUGAACAAAAGAACAUUCUGGAAUGGCUAAUAGAUGACCUAGAUUGUAUGGAUACAGUCGUUGAAACCGUAACUAUCAUUCAGAGUUAAUGUUUUCCAGGCUGCAUGAUCAGAAAUCACAUUCCGACUGUCACUUUCAUAAUCUGGUAAGGGAUGCUCUGAUUGGUCGGAUGAAAGGUCAUUCUGACGUGACCCGUUAUGUCCUCAUAUCUUUGUUUAGCGGUAGCCUUAACUGAGGUCUGAUUUUAAUGAAUUUGAUUUACGUCUGAAGUGUGAAACUGGGACAACGUCUUCUGUAUUUUUGUGAGCAUAAUGUGCACCCUGUCUAGAGAAUGCAGUAUUUUGGAGAAAAAAAUAUUUUUCUACUAUUACGCGAUGUUAAAGAAAUUUGUCUCGCUUCAGGUCCAGUCAUGUGAAACUUGUGAUCAUAAAAUUUAAACCUAAAGUUUAGUUCCUGCUCUGCUAGGUUUUGCUAUACCGUAUUCGCCGUAAUAAGCGCCCAGGGCGCUCUCAAAAUUAGAAAUAAGGGGCUCUUAUUAGAAUAUAAUUUUGGUGAGAUUAAAAACAGAGUUGAAAGAUUGUAAAUUUUGUGGUUUAUGCUGACAGCCUGAAAUGAUAUAAAAGAAGAAGCUGUGCGUAUUAUACACGAUAGACAUAUAUUCGAGAAUUUAAUGGCCCAUAAUUAAGGGUGCUUAUCAUACACGAAUAAAUAAGUCUUGUGUACAUUGAUCCAGCAAUCGUCCAGCUGCUAAUUAGGAUUGUUCACUAGCCAAUAUAUUAGUAAAUAUCGCCGUGGGCGCUUAUUAGAGCGGGGCGCUUAUUACGUCGAAUACGGUAUAUUUGAAAUUAUGAUUACUGUUUGUCUUGUAAACUAAGCCAGAAAUAGCAAUCAGCUGUACACACAUUUUCUUCCCAAUCUACAGGUGACGCAGUUAAAAAAUAGUCAGUAAAGAAUGAUCGGAAGACAUGGUAUCUUAAACUAUUAACUAUAUUACAAUAUGUGGUUAUUUUUUUUUUUUCUGCAUCGUUAACAAAACGUAUUUAAAAUAUUAAUAACCCUAAGCCUACAAUUCAGUAUAUUGCCGGGAACCAUCUAUUACUUUAGAGCCAGACCAGUUCUUAGACAGUCAAGGGAUUUUUCUUAGAGGUGAAUAUUUUGGCAUUCACUACUUCCAAUUUGUUUUUAUCUAUGACCUUAUUAUCUUAGCAUUACAGUGGCUUACAACUACAAAAAAUAUACCUCAUGGCAAUUGACAUUUCGUCAGUCUCUGUCCAAUCUUUGUAAUCUCUACAGUUCAAGCUCCUUACUGUGUUGUGUUUGGUGUUGUAUACAUUGACUCAAGAUGCACGUGAUGCACAGAGCUUAAACAUGAGGAAAAUGUCAUUUGGGAAUAAGACAGACAAACGUGUGAGAUUGAGGUGAAUGAUAAACAUGGAUGUAAGAUAUAUUUGUUGUUCCCUCAGUGUGGCAAUGUACCUGAAGACAGAAGUCUUGUACAUCCACUCGCAAUAAGCCUACAAGUUAAAUAAUACUUGAAGACUGAGGGGCCGAGGGUGGCCCAGUCGUCUAAGGCGCCACGAUUUGCUGUGCAGAGUUGCGUCCCUUGGACAUACCAGAAACCUAUGAUUGUGGGUUCGAAUCCCGGUUCGCCCCGAUAAUGUUUCUAGGUUUGUCAGA